UUCCAAGCGACUCAUUUAAGAAAAUCCGGCUUUCCUCGUUUGCCGUGUUCGGCCAUCUAUCAACCAUGACCAAUCUGAUCAUUAGUGGGAUGGAAAUUAUAGCACUCUGGUGAAACUUUACCCCAAAAUGGCCUCUAGUUCGAGUAGUCAUGGCUUGAAGGACACUGGUGUAAUCUACCGACGAGCUCCAGUGGCCAAUAUCAGCUUAGGAGGAUCGGGUCAAGCUGCCCGAGAGGUGAAAGGGGGCGGUGUCCGGCGAGGGUGUGACUUGGAGGGCGGGGUACGUGGCAUGAGUGGCGCCAUCACAAUGGAACGCUCGGAGGAUGAGAAGCUCAAAUUCCCGGACCGUAUCAAUCUGGAUCGAAAAGGCUUACACGGGGUUCCAAUUCUAGAGGACGAGCCAGCCCUGCGGUUACUAAGCCUUCAGCAUAACUUCAUCAAAAGGAUCCAGCAUCUGGAUUCAACCUAUCGCUUGGUAUUCCUGGACCUCUAUCACAAUAGAUUGGAUACCAUCAGCAAUCUGGAGCCCCUGAUUAAUCUCAGAGUGCUCAUGUUAGGCAAGAACCGGAUUCGGAGAAUUGAAGGGCUUCAGAAAUGUAAUCGGCUCAGUGUUUUGGAUCUUCAUGGCAACCGGAUUACGCAGAUCACAGGUUUGGAGAACUUGAGCGACCUGAAAGUCCUCAACUUGGCAGGGAAUCUCAUUCGGAAGAUCACGAACCUCCAGGACUUGAAAUCAUUGGAAGAGCUGAACAUUCGUCGCAAUCGGAUUCGUGCCACCCAAGGGCUUGAAGUGGUGCCCACCCUCGAAAAACUCUACAUGAGCAACAAUGAUAUUCAAAACAUCGCAUGCUUAUCAAAAUUAGAUGCACUGGUCAAGCUUCACACGGUCCAAAUGGAAGGCAAUCCAGUUUGGUCCAAUCCAGAAUAUGCCUACCAUUUAGUCACGUCUUUACCCGAGCUCAAUGUUUUGGACCAACAAGAGAUCGCCACCGAGGUCAGAGACAAUGCAGCCAAAUGGAGGCAAUCUCAACAGGACCAAAGCAACACCGGAUCGGCAUCUGGAGCUCGGCACCAACUGAUGAAAAAGAUGGAAGAGAGGAACGUUUCCAUUGUCAAUGCCAAGCAAAGAUGGACGUUUUUAAAGAAGCAGGAUUGGAAGCAAAACGCCGAUAAGGUCCUCAAGCCUCAGAACACCACCGAGGACGAAGUGGAACCCACCCAGAAAAACUUCAUGGGCACGAUUCCGAAGCAUCCAAGUGUGACGAACACCGGUGAAGAACAAAGUGAGGCCGAGUGUGACACUGUCGAACCUGAGACCGUGUCCUCCAAUCCGAGCUUGGCUAGUCUCGCUGUGGGUCCAAGUCUAUGUCGACAGGCUUCCAAGACGAACUUGAAGGCCAAGCUCAACAACAUGCCGCUGAAUUUGGUCCACGAACGGGGGCGUUCGUCGCCAGGAUCGCCCAAGACCUCUGCCGACAUAGUGGAUGGGAAACUUCCAGCUCCAUCAUUAAAGAACGAGCACUUGAGGAAGAAAUUCCCAGGUUUAGAGAAACGCAAAUUUGCCCUUCCGCACCGGUUUGUGAGCCUGCAACACGAGCCUUCGUUGGAUUUGGGAUCUCCCACAAAAUCCCGGUCCAAAGCAGAUAGUUUCGCCACUUUGGACAAGAAAAUCGGGUUCUUCCCGGCCCCACCCACCGAUGAAACUCAAUCCACCAGUGAUGAGUUCUCAGGCGUUGGUUUAGUGACCGAUUCGUCAUCCGAGUCGAGCUCAUCCGAUGUGGAGGAGGCUCAUUUGGCCAUAUUUCCUCCUCAAGCCAUCCAAGUUAGCGCUAAGCGAGUCCAAUCGUCCGCAGAUUCGAUGUCUCUUCGUAGGAAUGCUUCCACUUCCAGAUUGGCUCGUUCAGAGGGACCGGAGAGAAGUGGGAGUCGACCCCGAAUAGCUUCUGCCCAAGGAAACAAGGCCAGUGCCCCGAGUCUUAUCCAUUCUGAAACAGGCCGGACCUCAGAACAAGGCACAGAUUACUUAAUUGAGCUUGACGGCGACCUUCUGAGCGUGUACGGUGCGCAAUCCCUGAAGUUCUUGGACCGUCCCUGGAAUCGUCCACGGGCCCAGAAGGCGUCCACGGUUCAGUUCAACUUUGUCUCCUUUGACGAUUUGGUCCAGUAUUUGCCCAAAUUCCGCCAGAGUUUUCCCCACGUUGAGAAUUUCGAGUUUUUGGAGACCGAUAUUCAUUGCUUGGGCCAACUCAACGCUUUGGGUCAGCUCCAAGGAAUCACAUCGCUUUUUAUUGGGGACGAGGGUAAUUCGAUCCAUCCCAAGAACUGGAAGACCUAUGCCGUUUAUCGAUUGGAGCACUGGGGCCUGCAGUAUAUUAAUAAUACUGAAAUCACAGACCAGGAUAUUCUGGAAGCUAAUCAGACUUAUGGAAGUGUGGGCGAACUAGCUCUUAUGGUAUUACCACACAAUCAAAUAUUGGCUUUAGUCAAGAAAUUUGAGUUGACAGGAUCCGGGAGAGAUUUGACUAACGAAUCUAAUAUUGAUGUAUUGAGCCUGAUAAAAGAUCCGAACGUGAAGGAGAUCAUCGCCAAGGAGUCUCUUCAAUACAAGCCUCGCAAGGCUGAAAGUACAGAGGAACUGGAAAAGCACCACGAAGCAUUGCUCGAAUUAAUGGAAGUUGGCCAUUCGGCUCUUCACAAAUUCGGCCGAUUAGAGCAAGAAUGGGGCACCCUCUUGCCGAUUUUGAUCAAGCGAAUCCUGAGCCAAUAUUCGGAUCUACGUCAAUAUAAGAAGGAUACUUUGUUGAAAUUGGAGAAAAUGGACUUGUCAACGCGCUUAGGAAAAUGAAGGAGACUAACUUACUAUCUAAGAUGAGAUCUCAAGUUUUUCCCUCGCCAUGUAAGAAAAGAUAUCGGUAAAAAGAAGAAUCUUCAAAGACGCUUUAAAAGUUGUUUAAAUUAAAAAUUCUGUGACUUUUCUCCCGCUUUCCAAACUUUUUUCCUGCCUUGUCACUUUUGCCUCGUGAAGUUAAGAGGAAUUUGCUUUUAUGAUCCCCAUUCUGAAUGCACUCUAUUCAAUCAUGAUUGAAAAGCGUUCUUUUGCAUCCAACAACGAAAUCAGCAAGAAAGCAAGCAAGCAAGCAACCCUUGGAGGCAGAAUAUUUAUGAAGUGCAGAAAAUAUUUUAUGUCUCUUGAUAUUGGAUUCGAACACUAAUUUAUGACAACAACCCUUCUUACUUGCCAUACGUGCGCACACGAAUUGAAAAUAAAAGUAUUGAUACCCAUAUAAUUGCAAAACUCU